UUACUACCGUGCCUUGAAUUUCUAUCUUGAGGAACAACCGCUCUUGCUCACCGAUCUGCUGCAAGUGCUGACACCGCGUAUCGACGUCAGCCGCGUAGUGCGCAUCUUCCAGGCGUCGGAUAACAUCCCGCUGAUCAAGCCAUUCCUGCUGAGUGUGCAGAAUCAGAACAAGCGGGCGGUCAACGACGCCAUCAACGACCUGCUCAUCGAGGAGGAAGACUACAAGACGCUGCGGGACUCGGUUGAGAACUACGACAACUACGACGCGGUCGAGCUGGCCCAGCGGCUGGAGAAGCACGACCUGGUGUUCUUCCGCCAGAUCGCGGCGAAUAUCUACCGCAAGAACAAGCGCUGGGAGAAAUCGAUUGCACUGUCGAAGCAGGACAAGCUGUACAAGGAUGCGAUCGAGACAGCUGCUAUUUCUGGCAAGCCCGAGGUCGUGGAGGAUCUGCUGCGAUAUGUAAGUUUCGUCCCGCCAUUUCAUUCGAUUCUCGAUUUUGUUUUGACUGACUGGUGUCUGUUGUAG